AUGCAUUGCCCUGAAGACUAUAUUCAGUAUAAAUCACCUAUAAAGUUGGAAGGAAACCAAAAGUUUUUUUCAACUAUCCGUGCAGCGGACUGGUCUUUUGAAAAUUAUUUCCAUAAAACUCAUCUCGAAGUCGACAAGAGUAAUAUCAAAAAUUGUGAUAGGAUCUCAAAAGACUACAUAAAGGACCUUGAAUCAGUAUCUAGACGAGGGAUACCAAUAGGGAUGUAUAUGUAUGUCAACAAUCUUUUACUAGACCGACAGAAGUUUGACACAUACAGACCUUCGUAUGUAUCCCUAGCCGCAGUUAGUGAUUAUGAAAACGAGCUGAAAGAAACCGAGGAGGAAAUGAAGGCUGAAAUGUCUGAUAUUGAUAGUGUCAAGAAUCAGAAUGAAGUUGGAUACUCAAAACGUCUUGAGUCCGAUGGAAUGACCACGGACCAAGAGCUGUUUAAGUUUUCAGGGAAAGAAGAACAGAUGCUCUUUUUUUAUAGAGUGCAAGACUACAAGCGCGCGGGUAUUGUGCGAGCCCACUGUCAACCGCCCAAUGUAUGGCUGGUUGCUUGCUGGUGUCCCGGCUGGUCGUUGGUCUGCUGCUUUCUGUUGCUUUCACAACGAACCAUUCGCUUCUUCUGGGGACGAUUCUUAUGGCAUCAUUUCUGUUACAAACUUUCUUUCUUUCUCUCGCCAGGACCAAACCUUGAAGUACAUCCAGAAUAUGAUUUAGGGUGUACAAACCGUGUCAGAAGACGCCAGAUUCAAGUCCCAUAG